AUGAGCCGGUGGCUUUUGAAAGCCACUGCCGUCAAUGACCGGCCUCGAGACCGGUCUUGUUCGAACCGCCUCUUCUCCCUCUUCCUUUUCCCGACCAGCCCCGCCCCUGGAAGUGCCGGAUUCCGUCGGAAAGUGCUCGGAAUCGCGCCGGUUUUAACAGAAACUUCACCUACUUCGUUCUCUGUCGUCCGGCCACCGUUUCCGGAAAGUAAGCCUAAGAGGUUCGAUUUUCGAUUUAGGGUUCGGUCGGUUUUGGGAUCGCGAUUCCGGCCACUCCCGGCCAUUUUUCGGGGUAUGUCCAAGAACAAAAGUGACUCCAAAUGGGGUUUUACACCUAGGAUAGGAAGCUUGGCCGGCGGUUUGGAGUUUUUCCGGUCGCUGGAAAUUACUCAAGGCACCCAUGCGCUGCCGGCGCGUGGUCCAGGUCAUGGACCUACUUUAGGUCCUAAAGUGAUCUCCUGGUCCUCAUGA